GCCGUCUCCCCACCACGCUCCUUCCACUUCCUUUCCCCCCACCAUUCCCCCGGACCACCGGUCGAUAUGGCCGCAAACGGCGCUCAGCAGGUCUAUGAGCCUGUGUUGGCUGCGCACAAUCUUAUGCAGUCGGCAUCGAACCGCACACAGAAAGAGCAGGCGCACGAGUUCUUGGAGAAGUUUCAGAAGUCGCAAGAGGCAUGGACAACAACAUUGGCUAUGCUAGAGUCAAGCUCGGUCGACGCCGCGGCGAAGCUCUUCGCUGCCACCACCUUGAAGGGCAAGAUCGUAUACGACCUCCACCAAAUACCCCGCGAACAGCUACCAGAGCUUCGAGCGUCCAUCAUGAGGAACCUGACCGUCUUCCACGCUGGACCCAAGCCUAUCAGGUUGACGCUGUGCGUUUGUUUGGCGAACUUGGCGAUACAGAUGACAGAAUGGAAGGACGUCCUCACAGACAUCGUUAGCGCUCUUGGGUCCGACCCAGCCACACUACCUUGCGUCUUGGAUUUCCUCCGCGUCCUCCCUGAAGAAGUCACGCAUGGACGAAAGAUCGCACUCACAGAACACGAAUUGACUAUGAGGACGGCCGAGUUGAUUGAGGACAACGCUGAGCAGGCCUUGAAGCUCCUCGUCGCGUAUGCCACGUCAUCACCGGCCGCUGCCCGGAACCCUCAGUUGCUGAACUGCAUCACAUCAUGGAUGCGCGAGAUACCGCUCGACCAAAUCUUGAGCUCACCCCUUCUGGCAGUCAUCAUCGACGACCUCAACUCAGACGACGAUGCAUUCGAGGCCGCUGUUGAGUGCCUCAGUGCUCUUAUUGCAGAGACAAGAGACGUGGAUGAGGCCAUGCAAUCCAUCUUGGUCUUGUACCCCCAAGUAAUCGCCCUGCGGCCCAAGCUUGCACAGGCCGCACAAGUGGAAGAUUCAGAGAAGUUCAAGGGCAUCGCCAGGAUAUUCGCAGAGGCUGGAGAGUCAUGGGUCCUGUUGAUCGCACGACUGCCAAACGACUUCCGGGCUCUCGUCGAAGCUGUACUCGAGACUGCGGCCCUCGACAAGGAGCGAGAUGCGAUUUCACACACCUUCAAGUUCUGGUACGACCUGAAGCAAUACUUGACCAUCGACAAGUACACACCAGCUCGUAUGCAAAACUUGGACAUCUACUCGAAACUCAUCGACAUCAUGAUCAGCCACCUGGAGUACCCAAGGCCCGAAGGUGGAGACGAGAAGGACUUGUUCGAGGGCGAUCGCGAGCAGGAGGAGAAGUUCCGAGAGUUCCGCCAUCAGAUGGGUGACGUACUGAAGGACUGCUGCGAAGUCAUGGGUGUGACAGAAUGCCUGCAGAAGCCAUACGAUCUCAUUCAGCAAUGGGUGCAGACAUACGGAUCUCAAGCUGGACCCAACGGUGUGCCAGAAUGGCAGAAGCUUGAGGCGCCACUGUUCGCUGUCAGAGCGAUGGGUCGCAUGGUACCUCCGGACGAAGGUGUUAUGCUGCCCCGCCUUAUCCCGCUCAUCGUCUCGAUACCUGACCACAACAAACUCCGCUUCCAGGCUGUCAUGGCUCUUGGACGAUACACAGAGUGGACAGCUCAGCACCCUGACACCCUCCAACCCCAGCUGGACUACAUCAUGGCCGCAUUUGAUCACUCCACAAAGGAUGUCAUCCGCGCCGCUGCGCUCUCGUUCAAGUUCUUCUGCAACGACUGUGCCAGUUUGCUUGUCAGCUUCGUUGUUCCCCUUCAACAGUUCUUCGCGAAACAUCUGGAUCAACUACCCGUCAGCAGUCAGGAGGAGAUCACAGAGGGUGUUGCUUCGGUAGUCGCCAAGGUACCUGUCGACCAACUAUACCCAACACUCAAGCUGUACGUCGACCCUGUCAUGCAGCAUCUGGCCACGAUCGCCAACCAGGCCAAGGACGAGCCAGAGCAAAAGCUUCUCGCAGACAAGAUCAACCUCGUCACCAUCUUCAUUGAGUUCGUGCAACCUGAGGUGCCAGCCGGGCAGGAGAACCCAGCAGUCAAGUACUGCCAGGAGCUGUUCCCCUUGCUCGGAAAUCUUAUCACACAUUUCAACCAGAGUGUGCCGAUUCUGGAACGAGUCUGCCGCUGCUGGCGAUACAUGGUGCUGUCGUAUCGAACGGCUAUGCGCCCACUCCUGCCUGAACUCGCAACAAGACUGACACAGGGCUUCGACGCAUCAAGGCAAGGCUGCUUCCUCUGGGCUACAGCUGCCAUUGUACGCGAGUUCUCGCAAGGUAUGGAGCAAGUCGACACUGGGUUGGCCAACGAUGUGUACCAGUUUUACGAGCAGCAAGCGAGGACCUUCUUGAAGAUGCUGAGCGACGUCGUGAGACCAGAUGAGCUCCCUGACUUGAUUGAGGACUACUUCCGCCUUGCCUCUGACAUGGCGCUCUACUUCCCCUCCGAGUCCAUCAUGUCGCCUCUCAUGGAGACUAUCCUCCUCGCAGCUUGCAACGCGCUUUCUCUGCUCAAGGAGGAGCCCAUCAUUGCAACACUACACUUCCUCCGCGACCUGCUCGGGUAUGGUCGCAAUGCCUCUCCAUCGUCUAGCUUCGACCGAACACGACACGAAGUUCCCCAGCAGCUGCAGGACCGGGUUAAGCAGCUGGUCUUGACUGUUGGAGAACUUCUCGUGCAGCGUAUCAUGACCGGCAUGAUGUACAGUUUUCCAGAAGGUUGCUUCGCCGACUCUUCAGGCGUGCUUCUCGACCUGUUCGAGCUUAACCCUGAGCAGGUCGCCUCAUGGGUCGCGAACACCGUCGCUAUGCUGCCGCAGGGUAGCAUCACACCCCAGGAAAGCGAGCGCUUCUUGAACAACAUUCGUCAACGCAUCCAGACUGGCGACGUCAGGAUGAUAAGAACCAUCCUGCAGGACUUCACGACCAGCUACCGCCGCCGCAAUGUUGCGCCGAGGGAGGGUCUGGGCAGACUGGAGGCUUCGCGCUUCAGAUUCUUUGGUUAGAUGCCAGACUCCCGACGUGGGUUCUAUUCGAAAACGCAGGAUGUGAGAAAGGUAUACAUAAGGUUGUGUGGUAGCGUGUACAUCAGUACGGCAGGUUUCGUUUGGACUGUAUCAAAGGCAUCGGGGCAUUAGCAUGAUGGAGUGAUGGGAUAGGAUACCUCUGGGCGAUGAUAUUUCGAAAGAUGGGUGGGUGCGCAGCUUAUAUUACAUUUCACAUUUUCA